UGUCCGCUCAGUCUGCUUGGUCGGUGUUGCCCGUGGCGUGUCAUUUUUGGCUCCGAUCAUGGCAGAAAUCGCGAUGUUUGUGCGGCUCGCGAGUGAUCGUUCCCCUUCCGUUUGUCCCCUGGGAAUUCUGAGAAAUGAAUUGCGUGUCGAAAUCGUUGGUCCCGGGUACCGAAAGUUUGAACAUUUGGAUUCUGUGUGCACGGUUUUCGAGAGAAGGUAUAGGGUUCUAAUGAUCUUGCUGGUUACAACACAUGGAUGAUCUCAUAAGCGAUCUGCCGCAGAGUAUUCUGGAAAGCAUCCUCACUCGGCUGCCGAUUAGGGAUGCUGUGAAGACUAGCAUUUUGUCUAGAAAAUGGAGGUACAAAUGGGCUUCAAUUACUGAACUUGUAUUUGAUGGCGAAUGUGUCAGCUCAUUGCACGAAGGGAGCACAAUCGAGGGGAGUCUUGUGAAAUUCAUUACACGGGUUUUGUUUCUCCAUCAAGGGCCGAUCCAUAAGUUUCAGGUCUCCACGUGCUACUUGCAUAGCUGCCCCGAUAUCGAUCAAUGGAUACUUUUCCUUUCCCGUAGUAGUGAUGUCAGAGAAUUGAUUCUUAAGUUAGGGGAGGCUGAAUGGGUACGAAUACCCUCCUGUCUUUUUAGUUGUAAGAAGUUGACUCAUUUGGAGCUAUCUUCUUGUGAAUUGGAUCCACCUCCUCGUUUUAAGGGAUUCUUGUGUUUGAGGAGCCUCAGUCUUUAUCGGGUCUUGGUUGCUGCCGAUGCUAUUGAGAAUCUCAUUUGGAAUUGCCCUCUUCUUGAAAAUUUGGCAUUAUCAUACUUUGAUGACAGUCUUGCUAUUACUAUCCGUGCUCCGAAUCUUAAGCACUUGUAUCUGGAGGGCGAUUUUGCGGACAUCUUCCUCGAAAAUACUCCUCUCCUUUGUAACCUGUCUGUAGUUAUGUACAUGGCUGACGACAUGGCUGAGCAAUUUGAGCUUGAGCAAAGCUCGAAUUGCAACUUUGUGAAGUUCCUUAGUCAUGCACCUCGUCUUGAAAGUCUUGCAGGACGUGCUUACUUUGCAAAGUAUUUGAGUAUAGGUGAUGAUCCUGGACCACUGUCCAUCACAUUUGAUCAUCUGAAAAUCAUUGAGUUGUGUGAGGUGAGCUUCGAAGACAUGAAAGAGGUUCUUGUGCUUCUGCGGUUGAUAACGAGUUCUCCUAAUUUAGAAGAACUUCGUAUAUCGGCUGGUGCGAACACAUCACCUGCAGGAGCACCUGAUUCUUUAGAUAUUUGGGAGAGAGAAUGCCCUGCAGAUUGGACAUUUAAACAACUGAAAGUAGUCAAGAUGACUGAUGUAGAUGGCAUACCACAUGAGAUGGAACUUUUAAAAUUCUUGCUUGGCAGCUCUCUGGUGCUCAAGACGAUGACUAUAAGCCCUUCUACAUAUUUUAAGCAUAAUAGAAUGGAUAUGCUAAUUGAGUUGUUGAGGUUCCGCAGGGCUUCUUCUGAAGCAGAAAUCAUAUUUCUUCAAGAAUGAGCUUUGACUAUUGUCUUUUGCGUUCAAUUUGGCAACUGAGUAUUGGUUCGUCCUUUCUCUGAGAAGAUUGGGUUUCUGCUUGGAUCCAGUCUUCUUGGAUCGUUGGAUAUUCAUAGCAUUCCUUGUGUAAUGUAAAUAAGCACUUUAAACUUCCUAAUUAUAUGCCUUGAAUCAGUUUUUCGGUU